AUGAGUAAUAGAAAAUAACUUCGAAUUAAUUUUUAGAUAAUUUUAUUUGCAAUCUUUAACGUAAGAGUAAUUAGCGUAGGUUGUCCGUUUUGGUAAAAUGCGGUGUCUGGUACAGAUCUUUAAAUUCAGCAAAUGGCUUUACUGAAGUCAAAUCCUAUGAACUAGUAAGAGGAUAUUGCUGUGAUAAUUUAUACACCAUUUUAAUUAAGAAUCUUCAAUAUACAAACUAAUUAGUAGUACUAGCAAGAACAGAUUAAAGAAGAUACUAUCUUUUAUCAAGUGGAUAAAGACGAUAGAAUCACUUUAAAAAUAUCUCUAUUACAUACUCUUGAUGGUAAGGGUAGAAUUAUUGAUUGGAAUCCUAUGAAUGGUUUAAAGUAAAAAAUAAUGCAAAUACCUAUGGAUAUAAGCAUAAAUAAAGAAUCUUGCUUAAACUCACAAGAAUCUCUUGUUUUUACAUGGAAUUCUACACAUAUAUUUGUAAUAGAUUUUUCGAAAUAGCUAGAUUAAAAUGGAAGUAUUUUAAUAUAAAAAUUAAACAUAUAAAGGAAUUUGAUUAAAUGCAUCAAUGAUAAGUAAAAUAGAAGAUUUUUAGUGGUUGAUUCUCAAGGAGGAAUCAACUCUUAUGAUAUACUGUCAAAUAAUUUUUAAUCACUAUUCCAGAUCAAUUAAUUUGCUUCUCUAUUAUCAAUAUAUCUGACUCAAAAUCAAAUAGCUGUGUUGUACCAAACUUAAAAUAAUUUAAACUUUGUUAUUUCAUAUUAGAGUUAAUAAAUAUAAUUUUAAUAACAAAUAAAUUAAGUACCUAGAUCUGUCUUAGUUAAUUAGCAAGAAGACUAAUUAAUUGUUAUAGGAGAUUCAAAUCUAUUCUAGGUAUGGUAAAUUAAGUAAAAUAAGAUUAUUUAUGAGCCAAAUUUUUAGUCAUUAAGCUGUGAUUUCUAAGAUUCUUAAUAUAAUAUUGUAGAUAAAGUGAUAGAUUUUAAAUUUGGAUAUAUAAGUUAACUUAAUGAAGUGGUCAUAGUUUCGAAUUAGUAUUUUUUUGCUUAUUCGCUUGAAACCUAAAAGCCAAUAGUUUUUAAGACAAUAUCAUUAAUCAAAAAUAUCUUUAUUUAGGCUUACAUAAUAGAAAAUUAAAUAAUUCUAGCUUCUUAAUAAACAAUUUCUGUAUUCGAUUAAAUAAAAAUGAAAAUUACUUAUAUUACAAAUUAUUUAUAAUAUGGAGCAACGAAUUACGAUUAUUACUAGCAAAUCUAAGUCGAUCCAGAAUUAAAUAGAAUUAUCUUGCUCAACCAUAGUGGUUAGAUUUAAUACUGGUCUUAUUUUGAUAAUAUCUUAGAGAGUAAUAUAAUUUUUAUUACAUAACCAUCUUUUUUUAUUCUAGAUAAAAAACUUAACAAGAUAGCUCAGUAUGUUACAAGUGCCUCAUUAGAAUAGGAAAAUGCAGUAGCAAUUAUUAAUUAUAGAACUGGUCAUCUUAUAGAGUUUCUUAAAAUCCCCUUUAAUAAUACUAUGCAUUAAGAUUUUUAAUUUGUUUAAGAUAAAACAAAUGGAUUUUUAUUAGGUAUUGGGUUGGUUACUACUUAAUAUAUGAUAUUUAGAUUUUAAAAUGACAGUAACCAUACUUUGAUAUUUAAUGGAACUUUUGUUUAAACUCAACCAAAUCUAUCAAUUCAAACAGUAUAUUUAAUAGAGUAAAGUUAGCAAAUACUGAUUUAAAUUUAAAAUUAAGUUUUUCUCUUUAGCUACUUCUAUCAAAACGCAUAGUUAAAUAACCCUAUUCCUAUUUAAAGCUUACAAAAUCCCUUUUUGUAUUUACACUUUAAUAAUGUAACUCUCAGCUUAUUUGUUUUACAUUAAUAAUACAUCUAGAUUUUCUCUUAUACAACCAAUCAAUUCUAGCUAGCUAAAUAGAUUAAUUUUUAAGCUAUCUAGAAUGCCUUAAUGAUUUAGUUAGUUGAGGAGCAGUAAGUUCUAAUUUAAUUUAUAAAUGAUCAAAUAAACUUCUAUAAUUACUUGUUGGAUAAAACAAUGAUAUUUAAUUUAUAAAAUUAACCAAUUCUGAAUUAUAUAUGUGAUAAUUCUAAAUCCAUUUUGAUAGCAAUAAACAACUAAUACACUUUAUAUGUGAUAAAUAUUUCUAAUGCAGGGUUACUUUAUUAUCUGAAGAUUGACUCUAAUUUAAUUUACAAGCUAUAUAUUUAUACUGAUUUAAAUAUUGUUAUAGUAACCUAUAAAAAUGGGAAUUCAUUUAUAUUUAACUAUAUUAAUUACAUAGUUAAAGGUAUUUUAAAUUACCUGAUAUCAUUAGUGCAGAUUAUAGACUCCUAAUAUAAUAAUCUUUUUAUUAUGUCUAAUGAAAAAAUUUUUUAAAAGCCAUUGUAAAGUUUAGGUAUCAUCCAACAGAUAUAAAUCAAUCAUAUCAUCAAUUACUACUUUGAGAUGUAGAGUGGCCUUAUAUUUAUAUUAGCUGACAAAGUAUAUAUAUAUAAUUCGUUAACGUAAUUGUAUCUCUCUCCUUUCCCAAGUAUUGACAUAUCUGAUGCAAAUUAUAUCUUUGGAAUUCCAUCAUAAAAUUUGCUUUUUAUACAAUUUGGGACUCUGACAUCAAAUAAAAUAUCUGUUUAUUAGCUAAAUACUUACCAAUAUAUAGGCGAUCUUAGUUUAUAAUUCCAAGACUGCUAAUAAUUAAACUUUUUGGUUUAUGACUAAUAUUUAAAUAGAUUAUUUGCUAGCUGCUCUCCACAAAAUUCUUUAGUAUGGGACUUAAAUAACAAUUUCAAAUUUAUAAAACUCAUUAAAUGCGGUUUACCUGUUUAAAUAAGCUUUGAUAUUAAAACUAACAAAGCUCUUCUAAUGCUGUAUACAUGGUUCUCAUAUCAAAUAGACUACCAAAGUUUGAGCAUAGGACUGGUUGUAACUGGUAUAUAUGGGGACUUUGAUCAUUUUAGAGGUUUUCAAUUUACAUGGGACUAAAAUGGAGAUAUUAGAGUAUAUGACUCCUAAUCUAGCCCACUCAUCUUUUAGCAUGCACAUAGUGGUUGGGUUAAUCAAGUGAUCAUAGAUAGUACAAGGAUGAUUAUUACUUCUAUCGGCUAUCAAAAUACACUUUAGGCGAAACUUAAUGUAGAAUGUCUAGAUUUCAACAACAACUAUUUAUUCAUUGGAGAUAAUAAUGGAAAUAUCUAUCAAUUAACUUAUCCAAAUUUGAUUUUAAAAAAUACUCUUUAGGUUUGCAAAUAACAGAUUGACACUUUAUAUUUAGAUUUAAAUCACAAUAUUCUUAUUUAUGGCUCUUAAUAGGCUGGUUUAUUUGGUUUCUAUAACUUAUUAGACUUUAUUGUGCCAUAUGGAAAUUCAUAAUCUUAUAAAAAAUCAGGCGUUUAAUCAGUUUUGAAAAUUGACAAUGAAACUGUUAUUUUUCAUUAAAAUUAAAAUUUUGUUUAGAAAUGGAAUUUUAAUACUCAGAAAUUAGAAUAUGGCUUUUUUAUCUAUAACACAAAUACUGAUUUUUAUAAUAGUUAAGGUAACAUUGUUGAGCCAUAGAGCAAAUUUUUACUUUUAAAAGGACAGAAUUAGAGAGCAUGUUUGAUUGUCGAGUAAUAGCUAAUUUUUUUCGACACUAAAAGUUUUAGCAUCUUAAGUAAUAAAAGGUAUUAUUGCUUGAGAAACACUUUACUUUUUUCAUAUCUUAUAUGUUCCUUCUAAAAUGAGUUAACAAUUUUUAAUACUGAUGACUACUCCACGUUCCAGCAAUUUAUUUUAAAUGAAAAUCAAUCUAUUAUUAAGCUAUAAAGUAUAGAUGAAAUAAGAUCUUUUAUUGUUACAACCACUCAAGGAGAAGUUAUUUUAUACUCACUUAAUUAAAUAGUAAAUCAAUUUUAGUAAUAAAUAUAUACUAAACUCAAUGGCUAAGCUAUUUCUAAUUUCCUUUUUGUAGCAUAAAGUGAUCAGUUCUUAAUUUAUGUAUCUUUUUUUGAUGGAUAAUUUGCCAUAAUUUAAAUUUCUAAGUAGCUCAUCAUUACGGAAUAAAAGUUUAUACAAUUUUAAGGUAUUAAUUCUUAAGUUCAUAUAAUUAGUCAGUUCACAGACAAGAUUUUUGUUAAAAGAGUAAAUGAUUUAUACUUAGGAAUAUAUAGUAUAGGGUAAUUUAAUUUGAUUAGUCAAAUAUCUAGUCCUUGCAUAGGAUACACAUUUAAAUUAGAUGUGCAAUCAGAUUUCGAUAUUAUUUUAUAACACUGUGUAGGUGUAUAUUAGGUAAACUCUUUUAAAAAUUAUAAAUAACUCGCAUAUGGAAGAUUUACUAAUAGCUUAAAUUUUCCUGAAUUAUAUACUCCAGAUCAAAACUAAAUUGUAUUCAUAAAUAAAAACUAUUUUAUUGAUGCUUACGAUUACAAGAUAUUUAUUUACUAAAUAGAUUAUGCUAAAGCUCAAGUAAUUAUGCUAGGCAACUUUUCUUAUUUAGGGUAUAUUUUAGGAAAAAUUUCUAAUUAUUUUGUUAUUGAUACACCUCAAAAUACCUAUAUUCAACUUUUACUUUACUCUGCUACUCAGCUAGGAAGAAUUUAACUACCAAUUCAGGGAGAAAAAAUUUGCUAAGAAAAUAUUCCAUAAGAGCUAUUUACUUAAACAUUAUUUUAAAUAUAAUUACUUUUCGAUUAUUUAAAAAGCUAUUAUUUAAUUGAAAGGCUUCUUUUCAAGCUUGCAAUUAGCAGCUAGACAAUUAUAUAACCAUUACCAAAAGCCUCAUUUUCAUAAAUAACUUCAAUAUAAAUAAAUUAUGAAACAGUUAGCAGUGCAGAAACAUAAUUUCAGGUUGUAUAUGUUUCAGAAAAUAUUUUCUAAUCUUUUAAUUAAUAUUAUUAAAUAAUAUUGGAAAACCUCUAACUCCAACCAUUAGAAACGAAAAAUGACAUUUAAAUAUAUAAUGUAAAAAAUAUUAUGUCUUUUCAGCUUAAUAAUGUUAAACUCGCAUCGUAAAUCUUAUAUUCAUUUUAAAUAUCUUAAGUAUAAUCAGUUUAAUUUAAUAAACUGUAUUUACAAAAUAUUACCUUAGAAAGUAAUUAAAUCUUGAAUCUUUUUAAUUUUACUUAAGUUAAUAAUAUGAGUUUCGAUUAAAUAAAUGUUAAAAAAUCAUAAUUUAGCUAGGUUAUACUUUUUAACUUUUAGGAAGAUAUUAAUAGCAACACUACUUCAUAAAUCUCAUUUACAAAUUUCUUAUUUGAAAACUCAAAUAUAACAUUUAAACAAAAUGACUAAUAAUAAUUAGCUCCUAUUUUUAUUUAAAACUCUAAUUAAGUAACAUUUAAUAAAUUUACUUUGAGUGGUAGCAGAGGUUCUUCUAUUCCUUUUGUGAAAAGCUUUACCAUAUAAAAUUAUUAAUUUAUGAAUAUUUUAUUUUCAAAUAAUCAAGAUAUGAUGCUCUUCUAAUACUCAAAUAGCAUAGAUCAUUACCAUCAAUAGUAAGUUAUCACUUAAUAAAUACUAAAUGAUACAAUUUAUUUGGAAAAAGUUGAAAUUUAAAGUAGUAAAUAAAUUUAACCUUCUAUCUUCUCUAUAGUUUCAAUUAAAAGCUCCUAAUUAUAUUUUAAUUCUGGUUCAGCUUUGUUAAACAUUGCAAAUUUUACUAACUAAAACUCAAUAUUUAGUUUACAGGUAUAAAAUAUAUCCAUGAAAAACAUCAGUUUGUAAUAGAAUUAAGGCUUUUAGAAUCUUAUGGUCUUAUAAAAUUCACAACUUGGAACUCUUUAAAAUUUUACUAUAUCUGAUAAUAUAAUUGUGUCUGCUUUGCUUAUAACUUAGUCGAAUAUAACUUUAUUAGGUUCUUAAAUAAAAUAAAAUAAUUCAAAGCCUACAAAACAGCAAAUCUCAGUCUUUACUGUAGCUUAAAAGUCUUAGGUAAAUAUAAUUAAUGUAAUCUUUGAGUCGAAUUAGUCAAAUAACGGAGGUUCUCUAAUUAUUUUAUAGAGUUAACUGUUUAUCAGUUAAUGUUCUUUUAAAGGGGAUAAAAGUACUAUAAGCGGAGGUUCUAUUUUUUCAUAAGAGUCCUAAUUAAAUAUUAGUUAAAGCUAAUUCUAAAAAUGUUUUUCUCCAUUAGGAGGUUGCCUAUUCAUUUAAGAGGGAUUUUUGAACAUAAUUUAAUCAUCUUCUCAAAAUACAUCCGCAAGCUAACUUGGAGGAUUUGUGUAUAUUAGCUAAGUAGAUUCAUUUAAUCUAGAGGAUGUCACCAUUUUUAGCAGUUUCUCAUCUGGUGAUGGAGGGUCUGCUUACAUUUCAUAAUCUAUAGGAGAAAAAUCUUUAUUUAAGAAUGUCAGCUUUUAAAAUAACUUAGCAAAAGGGAGCGGAGGUGCUAUACUUUUAGACAGCUCUGAUUUUUAAAUUGUUGAUUGCAAAUUUAUAAAUAACAAAGCUGGUAUUGGUGGUGCAAUAAGAUAUUUAAACUUAAAACCUUCAUUUAUGAAAAAUUAAAAGUCUAAAAUUAAAGACUCAUGUAAAACAUACUAGAACAACAUAUGCUAAGAUAAUAGUGCUAUUAUAUUUGGAAACACUAUUUCGAGCUAUCCCACAAGUGCAACUAUAUUACCUAGCAAGAACUUUAAUGUGCUUUCUGAAUUUCCUUAAUUUACUUUUAGUGAUUUUCAAAGUGGACUUACUGACUUCGAUCUGACCAUUAACUUUUUUGAUGAAUUUUCAGAUCCUAUCAAUUAAGUUGAUUUUUAGGAUAAAGCUAUUACUGAUUAAUUAAGUUAGUAACUAAUUUAAGAAAUAAGCUAAUAUAGUUGCAAAGCUUAUUUGUAAAAUAUAAAUUCCUAACUGUAGUAUCAGAAUAUAAAGCUAGAUGGAGCUACAUUAGUUGGAUACUCAUAUAGAAGUGAUAAAUAAAUAGGUUGCUUUAUGAAUAACUUAAAAAUAACAGGAGUCCCUUCUUCACAAGCCACGAUGUAAUUAUAACUUAGCGGUAUGAAAGCUGUCAAUAAAACUAAUCAAUAUAAUGAUAUCGACAACAUAGAGGUUAAAAUCGAAUUUAGAAGUUGUAAAACAGGAGAAUUUUAUAAUUAAAUUUGUUAAAAUUGUCUAUUGUAGGAAUGUGUAUAAUGUCAAAACGGUACUUAUUCAUUAGUUUAUCCUACCAAAGAUAAAAAAAUUGAGUGCAAAAAUUGUGAUAUGAAUUAAGUCUAUUCAUGCUAUUCAGACUAAAUACUUUUGAGAGAAGAUUAUUGGAGAAUAGAUAAUCGUUCUGAUUUAAUUUAUAAAUGUGAUUUAAUUAAUCAUUCAUGUAAUGGAAAUUAGUAAAGAGGAUAUUGCUCUGAAGGAUUUACAGGUGCAUUAUGCUCAACUUGUGAUAUAAAAGGAAAGGUAUGGAAAGAAUCUUAUUAACUUGAUAAUACAAUUUUUAAAAAUGGUAUUAAAUCAACUGUAAUCUAUGCUCAAUGA